UUAUUUCGCGCAACCCGGCAGAGUUACUUGCUUAACAAAGUUCCCCGCAGUCUCAUGCGUUCUGUGUAUUCUACUUAAGAAGAAUUUUAACGUUUAUUUGACAAAAAAAGUUACUUAAUUAUCAGCUUUAAGAACAGAUUUAAUUCAAAGAAAGAAGUUAUUUCAUAAAGUAAAAUUUAGAGACAACAUUUGUCAGAUAUUUAAAUAUUUGUUGUGUGCAAUUCAAAUAAACGUAUAAUUAUAAUCACAACUUAAAUUCUUCAUAGUGAUUCGUCAUGACACAAACAGUGAUCAAAAAUCCUAACUGGUGGAGACGCAGAACCGGAUUAGAGAGAGCACUUACACUUGUUAGCAUAGUCUGCAGUUUAGCUUUAAUUGUACUUAUUAUUUCACUUGUUUCUGUGAUAAUGAAUGAUAAAACGAAGGAAGAGUCAAUGAAAGCAGAAGCAUUGAGCCAGUCACCACGAGUUCAAGUUGUAACAGCUGAAACAGCGACUUACAAAUCUAAGAAUAACAAUGGCAAGAAGGAUGAUAUUUGUUUGUCACCAGGUUGUGUGCAUGCAGCAUCUAAAAUGCUUGAACAAAUGGAUCGAACGAUAGAGCCAUGUGAUGACUUUUACAACUUUGCUUGUGGUCAAUACUUAGAAGAAACAAUUAUACCGGACGAUAAAGUUUCGGUCAAUGCUUUCAGUGUUAUUAGUGAUAAACUUCAAGAACAACUCAGAACAAUCAUCACUGAUCCAAUCAGAGACGAAGAAAUCGAACCUUUCAAGAUGGUUAAGAAACUUUACCUUGCCUGCAUGAACAAAACUUUAAUCGAGGAACGUGGAUUGGAACCUCUUUUAAAUAUUCAUGAAUCGAUGGGUGGUUGGCCAUUAUUAAAAGGCGACAGUUGGGAUGAAAAAGCAUGGAGUUGGCAGAAAUCAGUCAGAGAUUUCAGAAAGCGUGGAUACUCGCCCGAUUAUAUUUUAGAUUUCUCUGUUGGAACAGAUUUGAAGAACUCGACAAGAAGAAUUAUCGAUAUUGAUCAAGCAGCUUUAGGUUUGAGCAGGGAAUAUCUCGUACAAGGUUUAAACAGUUCAAUCGUUCAAGCCUAUCAUAAAUAUCAAGUUGACAUGGCAGUUCUCUAUGGAGCUGAUAGAAAAAGAGCUGAAAAAGAAAUGAGGGAUGUACUUGAAUUUGAAUUCGCUUUAGCAAACAUUUCCUUGAAGAAUGAAGAAAGAAGAAAUGCAACAGCUUUGUACAAUCCCAUAACAAUCAGAGAACUUCAAAAGAAAUAUCCUUACAACAAUUGGCUUCAAUAUUUCAACGAUAUUCUACCUGAAGUGAGUCAAGUGACAGAAGACGAAAUUAUCAUCAUAAGCGUCAUAAGUUUCUUUGAUAAAUUGGGACCACUUCUUGAGAAAACUCCCAAAAGAACUAUCGCAAAUUACGUUAUGUGGAGAAUAACUGGCUUCUCGUCAUACUUCUUGACCGAAGCAUUAAGAAAACGUCAACUUCAAUACAGCACAGCGAUCAGUGGAAAGCAAGAACAAGAACCCCGAUGGAAGGAAUGCAUUGAUUUGGCUUCAGGAAGUCUCUCUACUGGCUCUGGUGCACUUUACGUCAGAAGAUAUUUUAAGAAAAACUCUAAAGAGGCUGCACUUGAAAUGGUAAACUCGAUCAAAGAAGAAUUUGAACAAAUCUUGAAAACAGUUCCAUGGAUGGAUGACAAAACACGAGCUGCAGCUCUUUGUAAGGUUGGAACAAUGGUGACACACAUCGGCUAUCCUGAUGAACUCAUGGAUGAUAAGAAACUGAUUGAUUUCUAUCAAAACAUUACAAUUGAUGAGAACAAAUACCUCGAGUCAAUUUUAAAUAUUAACGUCUUUGGCACUGAUCGUGCCUUCAAGAAGCUUCGUGAACCUGUCAACAAAACUGAUUGGAUCACACACUCAAAACCAGCUGUCGUCAAUGCAUUUUAUUCUUCUAUAGAGAACAGCAUUCGUAAGUCGAAAAUAGAAUUCCCAGCUGGAAUCUUGCAAGGACAAUUUUUCUCUGCUGAUCGGCCACGCUACAUGAAUUAUGGCGCUAUCGGUUUUGUCAUAGGACAUGAGAUCACUCAUGGAUUUGACGAUCAAGGCCGGCAAUUUGAUUCAGACGGAAAUCUUGUCGAUUGGUGGGAAGAAGACACAAAAACUGCUUACCUGGAAAAGGCUCGUUGUAUCAUCGAACAAUAUGGAAACUACACAGAACCCAACGUUGACCUUAAACUUAAUGGAAUUAAUACACAAGGAGAAAACAUUGCUGAUAAUGGCGGCAUAAAGGAAGCUUAUCUUGCCUACAAAAAGUAUGUUAAAGACAACGGAGCUGAACAAAAACUACCAGGGCUGAAUUACACAUCAAACCAACUUUUUUGGAUUUCUGCUGCACAAACUUGGUGCUCUGUUUAUCGACCAGAGUCAAUGAAAAUGCGAAUAACAACCGGUGUUCACUCACCAGGAAUGUUUAGAGUUCUUGGGCCAAUGUCAAAUAUGAAAGAAUUUGCAAUGGAUUUCCAUUGCCCAAUGGGAUCACCCAUGAAUCCCGUCAAGAAGUGUGAAGUUUGAUUCUUCCUUGGCAUUUCUGUAUUUAUUACUCUCUUAGUACUAGGUGAAAGUACGCAAGACUUUUCAAAUAAUGAAACUUGUAAUACAUCAGUAUGUCAUGAUGAAUCGGAAGCCAUUCUUGCGAAACUUGAUGAGGCAGCAGAUCCAUGUGACGAUUUCUAUCUAUUCGCAUGCGGCAAUUUUAUGAACACGACGAUUAUACCAGAUGACAAAACAUCAGUCGAAUCAUUCACGGUUCUCGAUGAUAAAUUAAAAGAGCAGCUGAAUGAAAUUUUAAACAGUACAAUUAAAACUGAUGAUAUUUUGCCAUUUGUGAACUGUAAGAGACUUUUCGACGCCUGUAUGAAUGAAGAGUUGAUCGAGGAUCAAGGGUUAAAACCCAUUAAAUCUGUUAUUGAAUCACUUGGUGGUUGGCCAAUUUUGGAAGCAGGAAAUUGGGCAGAUAAUGUUUGGUACUGGCAGAAAAUUCUACUUAAUCUUGAAUUAAAGGGUUUCAGUUCCAAUCAAAUUUUUGAAGCGAGUAUAGGAAUUGACAUGAAAAACUCGACUAGACGUGUCAUUAACAUUGAUCAACCACAUCUUGGAAUUGAAAGAGAAUAUCUUAUCAAGGGAUUAGAAGAUGAAUUAGUGCAAGCAUAUUAUCAUUACCAUGUUGAUUCUGUGGUAAUUUAUGGAGGUGAUCGUUUCUAUGCAGAAGUUGAAGUGAAAAAAGUUUUGAAUUUUGAGAUAGAAUUGGCAAAAAUACUCAUUCCAAAAGAAGAACGAAGAAAUAUGACACAGAUGUAUCAUUCAAUAAAAAUAAAAGAUUUCCAACACAUGUUUCCGAUUCAUGAUUGGUUGAAAUAUUUCAAUGAAGUUCUACCACAUGAUAGUAAAAUAACUGAGGAUGAAGAGCUCAUUCUAACUGAUUUCAAAUUUAUUCUCGAUGAUCUUUACAAUUUAUUGAAGAACACGCCUAAUCGAGUGGUUGUCAAUUAUCUGAUAUGGCGAACGUCUGCAUCGAUCGCUGAUUAUUUAAAUAAAGCUAUUCGAAUACGUCAUUUGGAAUUCACGAAAAUAUUGUCAGGCCAACAGAAAUCUGAGCUAAGAUGGCGUGAAUGCGUUGAUACAGUCUCGUCUUAUCUGCCAAUUGCCACGAGUGCUUUAUACGUGAGAAACUUUUUUAAUAAAGAAUCAAGAAACAUCGCAUUAGAAAUAGUUGAAUCAUUAAAAAACGAAUUUCAAAAUAUGUUGAAGUCAGUCCCAUGGAUGGAUGAAACAUCAAAAUCAGCAGCCUUAGAGAAAGCUAAGAAAAUGACAACUCACAUUGGUUAUCCUGAUGAACUUUUAGAUGACAAUAUCUUAAUUAAAUAUUAUAAAAAUCUUUUAAUUCAGGAAAACGAAUUCUUCGAAUCUAUCUUAAAAAUAUCAAAGUUUGAAAGUGAAAAAGAUAUGAGUAAGUUUAGAGAACCUGUCAAUAGAAGUCAUUGGGAAACGCAUUCAAAUGUAGCAUUGGUCAAUGCAUUUUAUGAUCCAAGUGAAAACAGCAUCCAAUUCCCAGCUGGAAUUUUGCAAGGAAUGUUCUUUAAUGCUGAUCGGCCACGUUACAUGAAUUAUGGCGCUAUUGGGAGUGUAAUUGGACAUGAAAUAACUCACGGGUUUGAUGACGAAGGCAGUCAAUUUGAUUCAGAUGGAAAUCUUGUCGAUUGGUGGGAAGAAGACACAAAAACUGCUUACCUGGAAAAGGCUCGUUGUAUCAUCGAACAAUAUGGAAACUACACAGAACCCAACGUUGACCUUAAACUUAAUGGAAUUAAUACACAAGGAGAAAACAUUGCUGAUAAUGGCGGCAUAAAGGAAGCUUAUAGAGCUUAUACAUCUUACAUUGAAACAAAUGGAGAAGAACCGACACUGCCAGGGUUAAAUUUUACAGCCAAACAACUUUUUUGGAUUUCUGCUGCUCAAUCAUGGUGUUCGAUACUUCGUCCAGAAAAAAUGAAACUUCAGAUAACUGUAGAUGAACACGCACCUGAAAUGUUUCGAGUUAAUGGACCGAUAAGCAACAUGAACGAAUUCUUUGAGGAUUUCGAAUGUUCACCAGAAUCUCGUAUGAAUUCAGAACAGAAAUGUGAAGUUUGACUUCGUCGCGGAUUACUUGAAAAAUCAUUAUGGGUUACUGUGCUUUUGUGCUUCACAAUAAUCGGCUUAUUAACAGCUGCAGUCUUUUAUUACAAGUAUCAGGCAGAAAAUUUGCCCUCCGACACCUUCAGUAAAAUUGGAGGCAAAUACCUUGCUUCAGUCGUGUCAUCGAAAAUGAAUUUUUCAAUACGACCGUGCGAUGAUUUCUAUCAAUUUUCAUGUGGAAGGUUUGAAAAGACUACCGUGAUUCCUGAUGAUUCUGGGAGUAUCAACACUAUAAACAUGAUCGAGGGCAGAGUCAUGGGUCAACUUCGCACGCUUCUUAACAGCGAAGUAUUGGAAAAAGAUAUUCGCCCGUUUAAAAUGGCUAAACAAUUGUUUCGUCAAUGCAUGGAUACAACACAAAUUCAAAAAAAUGGUUUGGACUUUGUUAAACAGAAACUCAAUCUGACGUAUGCCUGGCCUGUAUUGAUGGAAGAUGACGAAUGGAAUGAAUCAUCAUGGAAUGAAACUGAUUUCAAUCGAUUCAGUGUUGACUUCUUCAUUGAUUCCGAUCUCAAGCAUAACAAUAAACGAAUUUUAUAUAUAAGUGGGGCAAAUUUAGGUUUAAGUAGAGAUAUGUUACUGAGAGGAUUUCAAGACAGUGUUAUCAGAAGCUACCAUCGAUACAUGGUCAGCGUGAGUGUUUACUUGGGCGCCAAUAAAACCAAAGCUGAAAGAGACUUUGCUAAAGUUCUUCUCUUAGAAAUGCAUUUAGCCAAUAUAACAAUUCCUAAGGAAGACCGGCGUGACUCAAACAAACUUUAUAACCCAACGACAAUUUCAGAGCUUAUUAAGAAAUAUCCUUACAUUAAAUGGUUGGACUACAUCAACUCAAAAAUGUACUCAGGCUUAAAGUUCAAUGAAUCAGACACUGUAAUAGUUCAACAGCCUACUUAUUAUGAUCAACUUGAAACCGUUCUUAAUCGAACGGAUCGAGCGACAAUUGCCAAUUAUAUCAUCUGGCGAGAUUUAGCCGAUUACAUUCCUUACCUUACAUCAGAUCUUCGUGAAAUGGAAUUUGAGUUCAUGAAAACAGUGACUGGUAAAGCAUCUAAACAAGCACGAUGGAGCGAUUGCGUCAAAGCAACGUCAGGAAUGAUGAAUCUUGCGGUCAGUGCUAUGUACGUGAGAGAAUAUUUCUACGACUACCGAGUAAAACGAGAUGUUGCAAUCAUUACUGAGGAAAUUUUCUCAGAAUUCGAAAAUAUUUUACAUGAAAAUGAUUGGAUGGAUCAUCAAACUAAAGAUCAAGCAUUGAAAAAGCUUAAAGCUAUGAGUGCAAACAUCGCUUACCCUAAUGAACUUUUAAAUAACACAAUGAUUGAAGAUUAUUAUAAAGAUUUGUCGAUUCAUCACACUGAUUAUCUUCAAUCAGCAAUUAAUUUAGAUCGUCAUAGUAAAGCUUUUGUCUGUUCUCGCUACCAUAAACUUGUUAACAAGACAGAUUGGAUUGAUCAAUCGUCAUCUAUUUAUGUUAAUGCGAACUAUAAUGGGAAAACAAACAGCAUUCAAAUAAUCGCAGCUAUGUUGCAAGGUCAUUUCUAUUCGAGUGAUCGACCUGAUUACAUGAAUUAUGCUUCAAUUGGUUACGUUAUUGGACAUGAAAUGACACAUGGGUUUGACGAUUUGGGAAGAUUAUAUGAUGCUAAUGGGAAUCUUGUCGAUUGGUGGCAGCCAGAAACUAAAAAAGCUUUCGUAGAUAAGAAGAAAUGUAUCAUAGAACAGUAUGGCAAUUAUACCGACAAAACAAUUAACAUGAAUCUCAAUGGAGUGAAUACGCAAGGUGAAAACAUCGCUGACAAUGGCGGUCUUAAGUUGGCAUAUCGAGCUUACAUGGCAUCAAAGAAAAAGUUUAACAAGAAAGAUCCAACACUUCCAGGAUUACCUUUCACAGCAGAACAACUUUUCUGGAUAUCAGCAGCUCAAACCUGGUGUUCGAUUGAACGACCAGAAAUUAAGAAAAUGAUGAUUCUCAAUGAUAAUCACGCUCUCGGAAGAUUUCGAGUACUUGGUACAAUCAGCAAUUCAAUAGAAUUUGCUAAAGAUUUUCAAUGUCCCACAAAUUCCCCAAUGAAUCCUCAAAACAAGUGCAAAGUAUGGUAA